AUGGAGUAUAACUUCGUUGAUCUCUUCUAUUCGUCUGUUAUUGCACCCAAGGCCAUGAUCAACUUCUGGUCUGAGAGCAAGUCCAUCUCUUUAGCAGGCUGUGUGACCCAGCUCUUUCUCUUUGCCCUCUUCAUCGUGGCAGAGGGAUUUCUCCUGGCAGCCAUGGCCUAUGACCGCUUCAUUGCCAUCUGCAACCCACUCCUCUACUCUGUCCAGAUGUCAGCAUGUCUCUGCACUCAGUUGGUGGCUGGUUCCUAUUUAUGUGGCUGCAUCAGCUCGGUUCUUCAGACAAGCAUAACAUUUACUCUGUCCUUUUGUGGUUCUCGGGCCAUUGACCACUUUUACUGUGACACUCGCCCACUUCAGAGGAUAUCUUGUUCUGACCUCUUCAUCUCUAGAAUGAUUUCCAUUUCUUUAUCCAGCAUCAUCAUCUUGCCUACCAUCAUAGUUAUUAUUAUUUCUUACUUGUAUAUUGUGUCCACAGUUCUCAAGAUACGCUCCUCUGAGGGACGUAAGAAAGCGUUCUCCACUUGCAGCUCACACCUGGGAGUCGUGAGUGUGCUGUACGGUGCUGUGUUUUUUAUGUACCUCACUCCUGACAGAUUUCCUGAGCUGAGUAAAGUGGCCUCGUUAUGUUACACCCUAGUCACUCCCAUGUUGAAUCCUUUGAUUUACUCCCUGAGAAACAAAGAUGUCAAAGAAGCUCUAAAAAAACUUCUAGAGAAGAAAAAUCCUAAAAUUUGA